CGCGUGCGGGAGCGCUCAGUGUGAAAGAUGCUGCCGCUGGGUUCAGACGCGGGUCAGAUGCUCGGCUGUCCUGUGAUAUGGAGACCGUGGGAUCUUUCAACAAGAGAGACGCAAUUAAAUAAAGUGGUUUCUGGAGGUUUGAGGCGGGUUCAGGCUUCUGAAGAUGUGUUCCAUCAUCCUGUGAGGCUGUUUCUGGAUCGAUCCAGGACGCUGGAGUAUCUGUCUCAUCUGGGCCGGACGGUUUUGGCCAGUUUCCCCGUUCAGGCCACACUGCACUUUUACAACGAUGAAGACUCCAGCUCUGAGGAGGAAGAGGAGGAGGAUGAAACAGACACUUACUAACCUCAUCAGAUCCGCACGUCUAUAACAUGAACUCACUAGCGAGCUGAGAGUGAACCGUGCGACCGUCAGGAAGCAGAACACUGUUUAGGAAACAAGCCGUGUGAAUGGAGAUGUGGAUCCACAGGAACAGGAUUAUCACCUGAGACGAGCAGAAAUCCCGCGCCACGGGUCACGCCAUCAAACACAAACAGACCUUUGAUCUGAGGAAGUUCCUUCACGUCGGCCCACCUCUGGGACCGUCUUUAACGGGAUAGUUCACCGAAAAUGAAAAUUGUCAUUUACUUACCCUUAAGAUGCUCCAAAAAUGAGUUUCUUGUUAUAUUUUGAAGAAUGUUGGGAACCAAGCAGUAGAUGGCAGCCAUUGACUUCCAUAGUAUUUCCUUACUAUGGGGUGGAAAAUGUCCGGAAACUUUCCAAAAAUCCCUGGAAUAUUCCCAAAAAUCCUAGAAAGUUUCAGAAAUUUACUGGAAAUUUUCCACCUUUUUGCAGCCCUAAUGGGUUGGCUGUGGCUGUCACCAAUGGCUGUUUGGCUACCAGUAUUCUUCAAAAUAUCUUUUUAUGUAUGAAAAAGAAACUUGUGCAAGUUUGGAGCAACUUGAGUAAAUGACAACUUUAGUUUUAUGUGAAC